AUGAACGAAGAGGCAACCAUUUUCCUUUUUGUUACUGUUAGUGAGAUGCUUGGCUAUGAAACUGGGAUUUGUAAUGAGAGAGGACCAAGAUUUGGAGACGCACUUAAAUCGCAACAAAGAUUUGACUGUAUUGAGGUGGUGGAUUUGGUUAGAAGAGCAGUGCCCCUUGCCCUGACACCUGAAGAUGACCCCAGGAGGGAUGAGCUAAAGAAACUCCAGGAGAAGGAGGAAAUCGACAUGCUGGCACAUAAGCAGGUCCAGCGCAUCCUCUGGUCAGGGCUAGAGUUGGCUAUCAUGCAGGUCGGGCUCUUCUUUCGUCUUACAUUCUGGGAAUUCUCAUGGGAUGUUAUGGAGCCAAUUGCAUUUUCCAUCACCACCACCACUGGCUUAGUCAUAGGUUUUGCCUACUUCCUGUUUACUUUGAGAGACCCAACUUACCAAUGA